GAGCCCAGAGACAAGUUGUGGAGAAAUGGAGUCAGACAUGUCACAAGCCUUCCAGGAAGAACUCACCUGCUUCAUCUGCCUCAACUGCCUUACAGACCCAGUCACCAUAAGCUGUGGCCACAGCUUCUGUCAAGCCUGCCUCCACCUUUCUUGGGAAGACAUCCAGCUUCCUGUCCAUUGCCCUAUGUGUAGGGAACCAUCCGAGCAGAAGGACUUCAGAAGCAACACUGUUCUGAAGAAGCUGGUGUCCAUUGCCAGACAAGCCAGCCUCAUGAAGUACCUGAGCUCUGAGGAGCAUAAAUGUGUGACCCACAAGGAGACAAAGAGGAUCUUCUGUGUUGAGAACAGGAGCUACCUCUGUCAACUUGACUCUGACUCCCAUGAGCACAGAGGUCACCAACACGGUCCCAUCGAAGUAGCUGCUGAGGAGCAAAUGGAAAGACUUUUACAGCAAAUGGCAUGUUUGAGGAGUGAGUCAAUGCAGCAGCAGCUGAGCAUGCCCCAGACUCUGAAUCUAGAGCUCAGCUCUCUACCCAUCAGUGGACUGACUGAAAGGUAUAGCCACUUCCUAUUCAAAUUUGUCUUUAAAUUUACAAGCAUAUGCCCUAACAAUGUGAAGCUCUUCAAUGUCAUGAGAAGAUGCAGCUUCAGCCCUCACGGUGAGGAUAGAUCUGUGGAUUCUGCUAGAUCCUAUUUGGCUUCCUGGGGAUCAGACUGCUUCAUCGAAGGGAAAUUUUACUGGGAGGUGGAUUUGAACAAUUCCUCCUUGGACUGGGCUGUGGGGGCCUGUAAGGAUUCCUGGAUAAGCAACAGAAACCAGCUCAUUGAAUCUGAGGGUGCCUUUCUUCUGGUGUGUGUGAAGGAGGGUGAUCAUUACAGUCUCCUCACCACAUGCCCAGUAUUCCAGCACUAUAUAGGGAGACCACUGGGUCGGAUUGGUGUGUUCCUCGAUUGUGAGGAGGGUAGUUUAAGUUUCCUGAAUGUUGCCAAGAGUUCUCUCAUACACAAAUAUGCUCCUGGCACCGUCAAUCCCUCUGUCAGGCCUUUCUUCUCCACUGGCCCCAUGUGA